AUGGAGUUGCGGUUCUCGAGCCUUCCGUCUUUGAAAACGAUGCUGCGCCUGCUCAUAUCCCGUACUGCGCUGCCCUCUACUGACUCAGACUCCGAUUCCGUGGGGGAUCACGGCCGGCGAGACGACCCUUGCACUUCAAGUCUGAUGUCAUUCAUCCUGCUGCACCGGCAGUACGCCGAGGUUCCGGUAUCGGUAUUCGAGCGCCCGAAGCUGCCCGGGAAGGCCGGCAAAGCGUGA